AUGGAAGAUAAUAUGAAUCAUUCGCUCAUGCAAUCAACCUUAAUGAAGACUGCAGUUACAACAAUAAGUAAUCACUUGUCGAAACUAAAAUCUAAUUCAAGCUUACUUGAAAAGUUACUAUGUUUUCUUUUCAUGAAUAAUGCUCAAAACUUAUCGGUCAAGGAAUUAUUCAACCAAACGUUUGCUGUUGACUCAAAUCAAAGUAUGGGUGAAUUAUAUGUCUCACAAACAAACAGUGACCUGGUAAAACGGCUAGAGUUAGUUGUCAUCCGUAGUCUUGAUCAGCUUGAAUCCACAAAACGUGAAUCGGUGUGUUACAAGAAGGCUAGCACUAGCGAUCCAGUUGAUAAGCAACUGUCCCAUAUAAGAAGUUUUCUUGAAAUCAACAGGAAGAGAAAACAUCUGUUUAAUCUCUCAUCAGAGCUUCGAAACUUAAAAAGCGUUCAACUACAGAAAUGUAAUGUGUCAAGAGAUGAUUUAAAGGCUGAGCUUCAAUUAUUAACGCUACAGUCAAAGGUCCACUACAUGAAACACCGUAUUGGGAAGUUGAAGUUGGACUUAGAAUCUAGUGAAACAUACAUUUCUGAAUAUGAGUCACUACGCACAGCAAUGGCGAAUAUUGAAAGUCUUCUGGGAAAGAAACGGGAAACAAUUCGACAUUUGCAUGAAGAAAAUGAAAAGCUGUUAAAUAACCUCCCUUUAUUAUGUCGUGAGACGAAACAAAUUAAGCAACAACUAUCUGGUCAGAUAAUUGAUACACAUAAAGUGGCGUAUGAACUAACAAGCAACAAUCUACUGCAGGAUUUUGAUGAAAGGAUUCAAGAUAUAUCAUUCAACAGGAGAACAUUUAGCGGCGGGAAUACUUAUGUCGACAUUCUAUAUACUGACAGUCUAUACAUAAAUUGCUGUAAUUUAUAUUCUCUUGAACCUAAUCUUAAGAUUCCAGAUAUCCUACUGAAAUGUAUUCUAACACAAAUCCAAGAAAGUUGGCUAGCUGAGAAUAGUUUAAAAUUGUUACACUAUCUUUUGAUGAAUUUAAACAAAGGAAUUCACACUAGUGAAAAACUGCGAAACUAUGACGUGACAUUCCGGGCUGAAGAGCUAAAACAUUUGUUUUCUUGUGUUACAAAUUUGAAAGAAUUAUCGAAAGAAAUAAAACAGCAUAUAUCAUUUUGCAGUGAAUUCAUAUCUGACUGGAGACAAAUACCGAUUCGACGAAUGUUGCUAUAA